AUGUCGACUCAUCAGGAGAAAACUGCGAUGAACGAUUCGUCAAGUGGUGAAGAACAUCAAGAGAAAGCAAAAUUACUCAAACUUCAUCGGGACAAUUGGACUGAAUGGAAACAAUUUUUUGUGGAUCUCUUAACCGGACAAGGUCAUGAAGAAAUUUUUGACCCCAUCUGGAUUGAAGAACACAAGAAGGAAAAAAUAUUCAGAAAGAAAUCUGCACUUGCGUUUACUCUUCUUCGACAAUGUCUCUCAUCCGAUCUCAAACCCAUCGCCGCUGCCGCAAAUACUUUCACCGAUGCUAUGAAGGAUUUGGCUGAAACUUGCGGCGAAACGUCACUCAUUAAGCUCGGAGAUAAAUUAUACGCAUUAGUAUGCUGUGAUUAUACUCCAGGUACUUUGAUCGGUGCUCACGUUUCAAAAUUUCAAAAUUUGUACAACUCGGUUAAAUCUUCUUUUUCGGUCACUACUACGACUAUGUACGUCGAUACACAAAUGGCCGGAAUUUUCUUUCUCAAAAGCUUUUGA